AUGGAUAAUGAGAUGGCGCAUUAUGCAUGCGACUGUUGGGACGCGGAAAUAUUGGUCUCAUCUGGAUGGGUGGAAUGCGUUGGUUGUGCUGAUCGUUCGGCAUUUGACCUUACCCAGCAUACGAAAGCUACUGGACGUUCAUUGAUUGCACAAAAGCCCGUCGACCCACCUAGGUUUGUCCAUACGACAGAACCGGAAUGGAACAAAAAGGAGCUGGGACUCACGUUCAAGAAGACUUCACAAGUUAUCAUGAAGACGGUCGAGUCAUUGCCGACAGAUGAACUGGAGAAAAUCAGAGCAGCUACAGAUAAUGAGCAAGGAAUUAACACUACACACCUAGUGGAGGAUUUCACACCCAAUGUCAUCGAGCCCUCUUUCGGUCUUGGACGAAUACUUUAUGCAUUGCUGGAGCAUAGCUACUGGGCUCGUGAGAGCGAUAUCGCUCGAGGAGUCUUGUCUCUACCGCCAUUGGUAGCUCCGAUCAAAGUCCUUAUUGUUCCAAUCUCCUCCCAAGAGGUCUUCAAACCGAUAAUUCACGAGAUUGCCAUGAAACUUCGAAAAGCUGGAAUAUUCUCACGGGUGGAUGACUCCAGUGUCACUAUUGGACGGAGAUAUUCGCGUAAUGAUGAGUUGGGAACUCCCUUCGGUUUGACCAUCGACUUUGCUU